AUGACUUGCCAAAUACUGGCUUCCGAUAGACCUCACUCUACCGCAGGCGCCCUGCAUACUCAACAGACACCCAACAACUUUGUAGCCCAAAAUCAGCCGGCCACCUCCUGGACGAUGACUUGCCAAAUAUUGGCUUCCGAUAGAUCUCACUCUACCGCAGGCGCGUCAUUCGUUCUUAACAAAGCUGUCGUAAAUUAUGGGAAAGAAACGAAAAAGAUAUGUACUAAAGCACCUGGGAAACGUAUGAAAGGUGUAACUAACUGGAUUUGGGAGAGUGCUCGAAAUAACAAUACAUUACCAGUUUACCUAAAAGUUAAAGAUACGGUGUGCCAAUUAUGCUAUAACGGAAUGAUCGUUCAGCCUUCAGCUGCGAUGAAAGAACAUAUGAAGGCAACGUUUGAUAAUACUUUAUUGGAACUGAAGAUAACGUUUGAUGCUCAACCUAAGACUGAUGUUGUAUUGAAACCAGAAGUAAUGUCUUUUCCAGAAGCAAUAAAAGUUAUGACAAAAAUUUUAUAUUAUAAACGUGAAGUAAUACAAAAAUUGCCAGCAUUCCAAGAUUUUGGGGAAUUUAGCUCUUGCUUGGAAGCGGAAAAUGGACAACUAAUGACUUUUUUCGAUGAACUCAUAUUGUCAACAAAUUUAUCACAAAAAAAGCCAGAAUCACAUCCCAAAAUAAUAUCUCAACUACUUUUUGUUUGCUACUUGCUUUGUACGAGUGAUUCAAUGAUUAAUGCUUUAUCAGAACUCGGUAUCACAUCAACGACACAAACCAUCUG